CUUUUCUUUUCUUUUCUUAAUAGCCCAAAAAGUCCCUCAUACCAAAACAGAUACAGAAGAAUCACAGAUACGUCCACCCCAACAACCUUUUUCCCAUCCACACAGACUCUCCGACAACCCAUGUCCACCGCCACCGAGUCCCAACCACAACCACAACCACAACAACCGUUAAUUCCAUCUCUCCCAGACGACUUGGGCUUGAACAUCCUAGCUCGAAUACCCCGGUGCCACCACCCAACACUGUCCUUAGUCUCAAAACCCAUCCACUCCCUCCUCUCCUCUCCUCUCUUCUUCACCACUCGAUCUCUCCUCCACUCCUCUCAACCCCUCCUCUACCUUUCUCUCCGCUCCUCUCUCUCGUCUUCUCUCCUCUGGUUCUGCCUCGGCUCCAAUUCCAAUUCCUCUCACUCCCUCUUCCCAAUCCCACCUAUCCCCUCUACUUCCACCGUUGGCUCCUCAAUCGCCUCACUGGGCCCCUCUAUCUAUGUAAUUGGUGGCUCCACCAACGAUGUUCCCACAUCCCAUGUCUGGAUUCUAGAUUGUCGUUUCAACACCUGGCGACCCGGCCCCAACAUGCGGGUCGCCCGCGAGUUUUCCGCUGCGGGUGUUGUGGAAGAAAACAUCUACGUCAUGGGUGGGUGUGUUACUGAUUCGUGGGCCAAGUCGGCCCAUUGGGCCGAGCGGUUUGACCCGAAGGUCCAGAAAUGGGAACGGGUCGAGAGCCCGGUUCUGAUCCGGGACAAGUGGAUGCACGCGAGUGCGGUGAUGGAUGGGAAGGUUUACGCGAUGGCGGAUAGAGGGGGAAUUGUGUACGACGCGAGAGAGAGCGCGUGGGGGCGCGUGGAGGGGGAAUUGGAUUUCGGGUGGAGGGGGAGAGCGUGCGUGGUGGGUGGGGUUUUGUAUUGUUACGAUUAUUUGGGGAAGAUACGUGCGUUUCACGCGCGGGAGGGCGCGUGGAGGGAGGUAAAGGGGUUGGAGGGCGGGCUUCCGAGGUUUCUUUGCGGUGCCACGAUGGCGAAUUUGGGAGGGAAGUUGGUUGUACUUUGGGAGGAGAAGGGGAAGAGAGAGAUGGAAAUUUGGUGUGCAGAGAUUGGUGUGGAGAUGAGGGAGAGUGGAGAGUUGUGGGGGCAAAUUGGGAUGAGGAACCUAUCUGACCCCAUCUGCCAGAACUAGUUGUUGGGUUAUCUAAGGGCAUGCACUCUUGAUGGGUUAAGCAAUUUAUGUUCAUGCCCAAAAGCACUCUUGCAGUUCCUACCUUAAUCCACGAAACCAUCUUGACCAUAUUUUCCUGCUAUCCUGGUUUUCAGUAGCUACUUUGUACCUGGCACUGAAGAGAGAAGAGAGAUUGAACAAAAAUUCUGAAGGUGUUUCUGAGGUUUUGUCAUGGGUUAGUUGGAGUCGCAAGCUUGAGGAGAAAAGUAAUGCUGAAAAGGAAAAAGCAUUGCAGCUCUCAAAAAUUUUUGAGGAACAGGUCAAGGAGACAGUGAAGAUGAGGAACCAAGCCAGGGUACUGCUC